AUGGUUGUGUUGAGCUCCACGGAGAUACUGAUCAGCAUAAAUAACGAGCUAUUCUCAUGGACGCUAGGGUACGAAAACCUGUCAUGGGAUCAGUUGGUCAGUGUCGAGAACGAGCUGCGGUUCGCCCUGGAAUCUGUGAAAAGAGCGCGUUCUAAGCAGGAAGGGAGUCCAGUCAAUAAGGGAAUGAACAAGAGGAAAAAGAAGCCCAUACAACAAUCCCUUAACAGCACAGCAGACGCAAUCAGAAGAAGCGGUUCAAUUUUGGCGAACUGGUUGAAUUCAGGGAAGCAUCCGUGGCUGCAAUCGCAAUUGCAAAGCACACUCUCAAAGUUUCCCAAAGCAAUCGUCGAAGAUGGCGUCAAGCUGAAACCAAUGUCUGGCCGCGAGUGGAAUCACAGUAGAAAAGAGACAAUGCUUUGGCUUGUCUACAAGCAUGCCAGCCUGGCACAUGCACUGCUCGUUCUUUGCGCGUUGCCCACAAAGGACCUUGAUCUUUACACGUUAGAGGAAACCACCUCUAUUGUUGAAUACGUGAUCCAGAACCGGGAUAUGCUUUCCUGUGAAGCCCUUGAAAGAGAGGCUGGAAAGCUCAUCCAGAUGUCAGGAAAUACUGGGAACCGAGAUGAUCUCCACGAACACGUCGCUGGUAGAUCCUCUAGCUCUCAUGGAACCGGUCCUGCCGACAAAAGUUCAGUAGACCGAGUUGACGAAGAAAACGAACAUCAAGAGAUUGGAACUCAACAAGUCGUACGGAAACGGAAAAGGGGAAUUUCUUUCCCAGAAUCAGGGGAUGGGUCCGACAGUAGCUCUUACGAGGAGGUCAUGAAAACAUCGCUCGACUCUCCCUUCGGACCGACUCCGAUCCCAUUCGCUUUACCAGGGCUAUCCUCAGAUUCUGUUGAGUUACUUUCUCUUAUUGUCUCACUUGGUGGCCAUGAGAUUCCCGAAUUGCUUUUCCUGCGAUUCCGAGCAGAACAGAAACGGUGGACAAGCCAUGGAGAAAUCGGCAUCUUCAGCCCUUCUGCCGCUGGUUUUGAUCCCGUCCUUCAAAGGAUUCUUUCACCUUCUCGCUUUACCGCAUUGAUCAACGAAUUGUCUUCCUGUGUCAGACAGGAUAAAUCUCGGGGUACCGCAAACGAUGUGUACUACACCGUCAUAUCUUGUUUGAAGGGGCAAUUUCCAAAUCACAUAGAUAAUGACCACAGACGUAAAAUCCUCGCUAUCAAGCUCAUCUGUUUUGUUUUCCCACGCGAAAGAUUAUGGGAACCACGAUUUCUGUCUGAUGUUAAGACUCUAAUACCCUGCCUUAAGUAUACACUGGCUCAGGUCAGGGACCUAGAACUACCCGUGGACAUUAAAGAGGAGGCCCUUCAGUGCAUACUUGUGAAAGCGGGGCUUGAGGCGGGUUGCUGUCAAGAAGAACUUGCGAUGGCUCAACGAUUACUUGAAGAUGACAAUCGACUACCGCAAUAUCUGGGAGCCGCAAUAGCUCACCGACGAAGUGCAUUAGCACGCCUGAAUGGAGACUAUACCGCUUCAUGCACUUUCAUCGACAAUCAUUUGUCGAAUUCGACAUGGACUCACCACGUCGACAGAAGACUCCACGCAUGGCACCUUCAUUUAUUCGCCUCUCGACUGAAAGUCUUCAAUCUGAUGGAGAAAUUUGACGAUGCUUACAGAAUGAUAGUAAGCUGGAGAAUGCCAGAGGCCACAUCUCUGAUGGAACUCCGAGUGCACAUUGACCUUUCACUUGUGGUUUCUGACAUUCAGAAGUCCUUGGGGCAACUGGAGCUAUCAAAAUCUUAUCUUGAGGACUGCUACCGCCAUCCUGGCCUGCUUUGCAAUGAUCCAAAACAAUAUCAAAUCAUCUGCGCACUUGUGGAUGUCCGUUGUGCGUUGGGGGAGAUCGACGAAGCAGAAAGUCUGGUCAAAGCAGAAACUGAGAAACUGCGCUCGACAGAUGGAUUAUCCAAGGCCCGGAGACGUCUUUUGGUAUCAUCACUGGAUGUGAAUAUUGCAAGGAUUUCGCAACCAAGCCUCGCGGAAGCUCGGUCGAAAAUCUCCGACUUGACCAGAUUCUUCAAUGAAUCCCCGAGCUUAGAUAUCAGCGAUCAGCUGCUCCAUGUCCGCACACUUACCGCGUCAGCCCGUAUUUAUCAUAUGCAGUCAUCAUUCGAGCAAGCCAUUGCUGAAUGGGAGAAGGUGAAAACUUUGGCCCAACAAUAUUCUGCCUUUCGCGAAAAAGGGUUCACUUUUGCUUUCAGCGAGCUUUCCAUCGGUUAUGCCCAGCUUCAGAUUGCCCUUCGGUCAAUCGGGCACGCGGACUCCAUUUUCAAAGGGGAGAAAGAUAAUUACUGGAUACCAACAAUCGCAACAAACUGGCUUCCGGAAGAUGCCUUGACCCUACCGGAAAAAGCAGGCGAAACCUUGGUGAAUCGCCUACGAGAAGCCACCGAUUGGGCCCAGGCCGCGAUUGCUUCCGCACAGGACUACCAAGAAGAGCAGGCAAACCGACGACGACAGGCUGCCCCUGUCUACAAGAAGGAUGACUGGGUCUGGCUGAACCUUCGAAACGUACGCACGCAGCGACCGUCAAAGAAGUUAGAUUGGCUACAUGCUCGGUACCGAGUAUUAGACGUUCUAUCACCGUUCACCGUCCGACUCGAUGUUCCCACCGGCAUACAUCCAGUGUUUCACAUCGAACUAGUCCGCCCGGCAGCGACAGACCCCUUCCCAUCCCAGAUAAUAGACGACACGCAGCCGCUACCACCACUGAUCGACGGAGAGGAAGAAUACGAAGUCGAACGGAUCCUCGCCGUACGACGUAGGAAGAUUGGGCGAGGAUAUCGCGACGAAGCGCUAACGCCUUUGAAGAACAGCACGGUCCCGUUUCGGACGUGA